AUUAUUUGUUUUUUUAAUAUUAUUUAUCCAUUAAAUAAUAAAUAUAUAAAUAAAUAUAAUAGUAAUAAUAAUAGUUCAUUCCAUAUCCAUUACUAUUAAUAGUUUUUAUAAAAUAGUAUAUACCAUAAAACACACACACUUAUUUCAUUCAACACACCCCACCUUUUUUUAAAGUUUUUUUUUUCCAUCCAAUUUUUAAAAAAUAAUUAUUAAUUUUUUUUUUAUUUUUUAAAAAAAUUUUAUUUUUUAAAAUUUUUUCUUUUUAUUUUUUAAAAUUUUUUAAAUAUAAACAAAUUUUAAAUAUACAUAUACCAUACACAAAAUAUUUAUAAAUAUUUAUUUUUCAUUGCAAUAACUAUUAUUUUUUGUUUAUAAAUAAUAAAAUAGUAAUAAUAAUAAUAUAAAUAAUAUAAUAUUAAAAUUUUUUUUUUUUUUUUAUAAAAACAUAAAUUUUAAAAAAAAAAAAAAAAAAAAAAAAAAAUCAAAAUUAUUUUCAUUCCAUUCACAAUUAUUUUAUUUUUAUUUUUAUUUUAAAUAAAUAAUCAUCUAAAAAAAUGAUUGAAAGUAAAGAAAUUUUAGUUAGCGAAGUUAAAAAGCACAAUGAUAAAAGUGAUGCAUGGGUAUCUUUGGAUGGCCAAGUGUAUGAUAUUACAUCGUUUAUGUUUGAACACCCUGGUGGAUCAGAUAUUUUAAUAGAGCAUUUAGGGGAAGAUAUUUCAGAAGUAUUCAUCGAUGGUGCAAUACACGAACAUUCAGAGGUAGCAUUCAACAUGUUAAAGAGUUAUCAUAUUGGCAGACUUGCAGGUUAUCGUAAGCCUGAAGGAAAGCAAACAGUAUCAGAAUAUAUCAAACAACAAAAAUUAAAGAAACAGCAAUCAAAUACUUCAAAUAAAAUUUCAUACACCUCAGAUAAUACAAUUGACGAAAAUAUUUUAAAGCUUGUCGAUCCAACAAAACCAAUGGUACCACAAUUGAAAUAUUUAGUUGGUCCAAAUUAUAUGAAAUGGAUUCACUCACAAACUGGUCUUAAAAAAAUUAUUAUCUUUGACAAUUCAAUUUUAGAAUUAUUUACUCGUUGGCCAUGGUGGUACAUUUUUGUUUUAUGGAUCCCAAUUAUUACUACAGCUUUAAUUUAUUCAACACUUCAAGAAAAAUCAUCAGUUUUAUCAUCAAUAACUACAUUUUUCAUUGGUUUAUUCUCAUGGGGAUUAAUCGAAUACAUACUUCAUAGAUGGGUUUUCCACAUCGAAACUACAUCAUACUGGGGUAACUUUUUCCACUUUUUCAUCCAUGGUAUUCAUCAUUUAACUCCACACGACCAUUCUCGUCUUACUUUCCCACCAAUGUUUUCAGUUUUGAUCGGUUAUGGCGCCUUUAAAGGUUUCUUAAAAUUCCCAGAUCAUUGGCACUUAACUGGUCUUCCAUGGGCUUUUUAUGCUGGUGUUGCUUGUGGUUACAUGUUAUACGAUACCGUCCAUUAUUAUUUCCAUCAUGCUGAUAUCGAAUGGUUACCACAAAUCUUUAAGGAUAUCAAAACUAAUCAUCUUAAUCAUCAUUACAAAGAUGAUGCCAAAAAUUACGGUGUUACCUCACCAAUUUUUGAUUAUGUUUUUGGUACUUUUGACAAAUAAAAAAAAAAAAAAACAAUUCUUGUUAAUUUAUAAUAUUU